GUUUAGUUUAAACUAUAACUUGAUUUCUGAGCGGCAAGUCUGAACUUCAUUCAAAUCAAAGAUUCAAACGUGCCGACGUGAAUACGGUCAUGAUACAGCGCGCGACCAUAAUGUACCAGCGCACUGUCGCCCUACACUGAGCCCGGAACUCCAGCGGCACAGCACCAUCGCCGUCCCCAUCUGAGGCAGUGCGGCGUAUUGAAACUGCAACGUGAUUGUCAAUGGAAUGGCUAGUACCAAAAUACCAUGCCUAAGAGAGGGCGUAAGAAGAGGAGGCUUUCGUCUCCUCGCCGAGGGAAUUCUAGAAGACGAAAAAGAUAUACCGAAGAGGAUUCCGAUGACUCUGAUGUCGUAGAUGUGGAAUACACAUGUGUUGAAGUGGAAGAGCUUUCAGAUGAUGGUGAUGGAGAGAUUGGAGAGAAGGAGGAGGAGGUGAAAGAGGAGGAAGACGGGGAGGAGGAGGAAGAGGAGGAGGAAGAGGAUGAUGAAGCCCAUAGAAUAGAUAUAUCUUGGAUCAAAGAAGAACCUGUAGAUGAUGAGCUAUACACUCACCCUCAAGAAGAACAUAAUGGUGAUGUAAAUGCAGUGAAAAGAAGAUGGCAAGCAGAAGAGGAUGACAUUAACCCUAACUCCAAAUUUAUCAAAACUGAAUCAGGAGAUGAAGAUGAUGAUGUGGAUGUUGUAAAUGAUAAAUUAAAAACCGAAGAGGAAGAUGAUGAUACAGAUGAUUAUUGGGAAGAGGAAGAAGGUGAUAUUCUUCGGGAGGAGGAUAGGGUCCCUGCGCUUGUUUUGCAAAAGUGUGCUAAGUGUGCAAUAAUGUUUAGUCCGGGCUCCGCCAACCUCCCAUCGGCACUUCGGAACUUGUGCAAGAAGUGCAAGCCGAAUGUAAGCAUGACAUGUCAGAUCUGCGGCAAACACUUUGAGCACCACAAGCUAUUCAAGCGUCACGUGCGGGAUUGUAGCAACAACCACUUUGAGUGCAUGGUCUGCAAGGAUAGGUUCCCUACUAACCGCAAACUCCUGGGUCACAGGUGCAUCGAGGAGAACCUUACGCGUAUGCUGCGCUACAUUUGCCCCAUAUGCUGUGAAGGCUUUGAAAAGGCCAAACACAGGAACCUUCAUAAGAGUCAACAUGUGACUCUCAAAUCUGUCAAAUGCCGAAACUGUCGAUUGAUCUUUAAAGAUUUGGCUACGUGUCAGGAGCACAAUGAUACACAUGAGUUUGCAAGCCGCACAUUCAUUUGUUUGAUAUGCCAUGUAAGCUUUGACACCCAAGCUGCAUAUUUUGCUGACCAACGAAAACACAAAAUAGAGAAAGGGGAAGAUAUCGAAAUCAGGAGACCCCCAGAAUUUGUAUAUGUGUGUGGAAAAUGCAGGCGUUGGUACGAUGAUUUGCAUACCUUUCGUGCUCACAGUUGCAAUCCCAAAAAGGCUCAUGUUAAAGUAGACUUUGAUCAAUCAUCAGUCAUACUACGCUCUUUAGACUUUGGCGUAUCUGAUAUGGAUAUUCAUGACCAGAGGAGGAAGAGUCCGCGUAUACAGAAAGAGCCACCACCCAAGCCAAUUUCAUAUCCUGUCAAGCAGCCACAUACUUUACCCAGACCAGCUGCUUUACCCAAACCAGCUGCUUCAGAAGUGAGUCAAACACCCGCCCCUCUAGACGACAGUAUGGUUUUAGAUUCAACCUUCAAAUGUCAUCUGUGUCAUCUCACCUUUGCAAGUUCUCGUGGGUUGGGGCACCAUUCAUGUCUGAGCCAGGAUUUUUUGUUCGAUGAUGAAGAUGACGAUGAGGAAAGUGAUGAAUCAGGCAACAAUUGGCACUCCCAAGGAGACAAUAACCUUCCUUUUAUUAGACUAACAUCUGGCCAACCUCUGAACUUCUCAGAUGUGAUGGGUCAGACUCACCCCAGAACAACCCAGCACAUUCCUACAUCAGCUGCAGCAACUGGAAACCAAUCCAAUUCCAACUUCAAACAUGCCCACAGGUGCUUGCUUUGCAAUAAUUUAGUCAGGCAUAACUUUGAACCGAAUCUGGGGAAGGAGACUGCCAGAUAUCUCUGCCCAAAGUGCAUGAAGAAUGCUGCCAACGAAACAAAUUGUGUGUUCAAAUGCAGUAAGUGUGGCCAGAUGUUUCCAUCCUGGAAGAGGCUUAACAUGCACCUACCUUGGCAUAAGGAAAGAACUGGUGAAGAGGGUGUGUUCAAGAAACCAAAUCUUUCUUGUAAGUCGAAACCGCCGGGUGAACCAUCUCCAUCCACACGUAACUCAAGUGUUGCUGAAUCUGUUUCAGUCCCGAGUGAACAGGCAAAAGGAAUAGAUUCAAAUACCUCAUCGUUGUCUGAUUUGUUGAAAGAGCCAAUCAACCCCGUAAAGAACCAGACCAAUGAUGCAGGAUUAACACAAGAUGUAAGAAUUCAGUUAAGAAAGAAGUUGAUUGAUAAUCCUGUCAAAAUACAUUAUCCAGUAACUCCAAGAAUGCCCAUUCCUAAUCAACCAGUGGGGAGCCAGCUUGUUAUUAAUGCACCGCUCAGUGCUACAAGGAAUGUUAGUGGUAUUACAGUCAUCAAUCGUGGCAAUUCUACAUCUCUUAUCGCACACAAGAAUGUUGGUGGUGCUGCAAUCACCAGCCAAGUUUGUACUGCACCCAUGAAUACUUCUAAGGAUGCUCGUGUCACUGCAAUAAUCAGUCAAGAUAAUACUGCACUUCCUAUUAAUGGUGUCGCAAUCUCCAAUCGAAACCAUACAACACCUGUUAAUGCAAAUUUCAGUACAGUUACUGCACCACCUAUUCCUAUUGCUCCCAAGAAUGUUGAUAAUGAAGAUAAAACAUUGUUUUCACAAUUCAAGGAGGCAAUCACCAAACAAGUCAAUGAGGCUAAAUCUGAAGAUAAACCUCCAAAACCUCAGAAACAAGUCAGUGACCUAGGUGUACACAAAUACAAAGACAUGUGUGUGAAAAUAACCAAAGAUGGUGCACGAAAGACUAUCCAGGUUUUGCCUGAUAUUCCUAAGGAAGAGCCGGAGACAAUUAAAGUGGUUCCUGUUUCAACAGGUACAUGUCUCUCUUCUCAGUCCAUGCCUGUAGGGACGAUUGCAUCAGUCACUUCCCCCUUGAUGGCCACUAACGUUACAGUGCCUUUGGCUUUUGGAGGUAACCCUCUUCCGAAGGCUAAUCUUGAUGGCAGUUGUCCAACACUAAGGAGCCUUAUUUCUGCCGCAUCAAGACCAGGACCAAUCAUGCUCCAACCCUCAAGAGUAGAUGCUGUGAGCACCAAGCCUCUUACUGUUUCUUCUGUCAAUGCCAAUAGAAAUACCACUACCAAUGUGACUAUAAAAACUGUAAAUUCCUCUCAAUCAGGUCCACUGUUGGUCUCUUUACCAGUGGACCCAUCUCAGCCUGUAGAUAGUCAAACUCCUCGCGGUGUUUUCCUUUGUUAUAACUGUAACCUUCUCUUCAUGGACAUUCAAUCUUUGAAGAACCAUGGCUGUGAGAUUGAGGCUUUCACCUGCCAUCCAUGCAAUCUCACCUUCAAGACACCUGAACAGCUCUACAAUCACAAGUGCAUGUCCAAGCCUUUCACUUGCCACAUGUGUAAAAAGACGUGCAGUUCGGCUAAAGAGCUUAACCAGCAUCCUUGCAUAGAUGACAGUGACAUUCGGAUUGAACUAGACAGCAAGGAUUCAAGAACAGCCAACGCUGCUAGCAAAGGGAAGACUUCAAGCUCUGAAGGAAAAGGGAAGUUCCCUUCUGGUGUGACAGACAAAGGCACUGAUCAGGAUAUGGAGAAGGGUUUCAGGACAAUGUCAUGGAGGGACGUAUCCAAGGGAAGUAACUUCAUUUGCCCUGACUGUGGGGUCGAGUUUAAUAGCAAAGCAUCACUCUAUAUUCACAAGAUGAAGCACAAUAUGCGGGUGUGAAUGAGAGUUUCAUAUACAGGCAAUUCCAUAAAAUGAUCAACCUUUUUGUACAUCCAAUCCCCGUUUUUCUCAAGUCUUACUUCACUUCAUAAACU